AUGGAUGGCCUUUCAGACUGCUUCUCUGCAACACCGCCUCAACAGUCGCCCAACCAGACGCCGUUUGACGCCGAGGUCGACGUGCUUAUCAUUGGGAGCGGCGCCGCUGGCCUGACAGCAUCCUUGCGCGCACACUCCCAUGGCCUCGAACCUCUAGUCAUUGAGAAAAAUGGCAAAAUUGGCGGCAGCUCAGCAUACUCGGGGGGUGCAUUAUGGAUUCCUCAGAGCCCGCUCGCCAAAGAAGAGGGCAUUCGAGACAGCAAAGCAGAUGCGCUGAAGUACAUGGAAACCCUCAUUGGGCAUGUUGGACCAGCGUCAACGCGACAACGGAAACUCGCGUAUCUUGAGCAAGCACCAUUAAUGGUCGACUUUCUGAGGAAUCAGGGUUUCAACUGCAGACUGAGCAAAGGGUGCCCCGACUAUCACCCCAAGAUACCAGGCGCAUUGGCCAAAUUUGGCAGAACCAUUGAGCCCUGCAUCUUUGAUCUCAACAAGCUGAAUCAAUGGCAAACACUUCUCCGUACAAGACCCCUACAGCCACCGGCUUGUUUUACAGACGAGUUCACCACUCUCACACGAAUGGGCUCAUCUGUCAGAGAUUUCGUCCAAGCGCUCAAGGUUAGGCGUAGAAUACUGUGGCUCAAGGCAGUUGGUGAAGCGCCAGCAACCAUGGGGCUGUCUCUUGUUGCGCAGCUUCUUCACCUAAAUCAGCAGCGUAACCUUGCCGUUCAGCGAAACACUUCCUUGGUCAACAUCAUACAACAGCAAGACGGGGCCGUUAUCGGAGCCACCGUACAGGAAAAUGACCGGAUCCAAAGCAUUCGAGCUCGACGCGGCGUCCUGCUUUGCGCAGGCGGUUUCGCACACAACCGUUCCAUGAGGGAGCAGUACGGCCCGGCGCCGGCAAGCACGGAGUGGACCAGCACGCCAGAGGGCGACACCGGUGAUGCCAUCCGAGCUGGCAUGAGACUCGGCGCCGCUGCUGCUCUCAUGGACGACGCGUGGUGGGGGCCAACGAUUGUCGACCCGGUCGUUGGCAAAAACUUGUUUGCGCUGCAGGAGCGAUCACGCCCGUCUAGCAUCAUUGUCGAUUCUUCCGGGUCGCGUUUCAUGAACGAGUCUGCGGAUUAUACUGACUGUGGUCGUAAGCAGUAUGCUAGGAACCGUGACGUAAAGGCCAUCCCAGCCUGGCUGGUACUGGAUGCCAAUCAUCGCAAACGAUACUCGCUUGGUUGCUUGAGGCCCAGACAAGAACCCGAGGCUGGCUUGAAAGAAGGAUACAUUUAUAAAGCUGAGACGGUUGGCGCACUGGCGGCCAAAAUCGGCGUCGAUCCGGCUGGGCUGCAGUCGACGGUUUCUCGAUUCAAUGUCAUGGCAAAAGAGGGAGUGGACCGAGAUUACGGCCGUGGAAGCGACGAGUAUGACAAUUACUUUGGCGAUCCGAAAGUAGCACCGAAUCCAAACUUGGGCCCUGUUGCCGUGGCACCCUUCUACGCGGUUGCCGUUCUGCCGGGAGACUUGGGCACAAACGGGGGCUUGGUCACCGACGAGCAUGCCAGAGUGCUCAGGGCUGAUGGCUCUGUGAUGAAGGGAUUGUAUGCUGCUGGGAAUACUUCUGCUAGCGUCAUGGGCAGAUCUUAUCCUGGGGCUGGAUCUACCCUUGGUCCGGCACUUACCUUUGCUUACAUAGCUGUGAAUCACAUGGCGAGCGCGUCGACAGGAUAA